GAUGUGCUUGAUGCUUGGUUGUGUGUUUGCUAAAGUUAUAAAUUUGUUAUUAAUCAAAUACAAUUUUAUUUUACAUGUACAGUAAUUAAAGCCUUGUUUAAUUGAAAAAAACGUAAUAUAGUCUACGAUAACAAUGUAAAAAACAAAAGUUACUUUGAAAAUGGAAGAUAUUCAAACUGCUUAUUGCAGGUUCUGUGCUCAACAGAGUAACAGCGACAAAAUGCUAAACGUAUUUCAAGACAAUAACAAAUUUGACGAUAUCAACAUGAAAUUACUAUUUUUCAACGCUGAUUAUGUUGACUUAAUAUCAGAAAGUCCGUUACCGAAAACAAUAUGUUUUGUGUGCCUAGAAGAGCUGAAUAAAUCUUAUGAGUUUUUCUGUAAUAUAAAAAAAGCUCAGACUUUCCUUAACGACAUUUUUCCACUUAUUGAACAGUUUUCUGAUGACGACAAGAACUUCGAUGAUUGCGUUGAUGAAUCAGAGCUUAAGGAAGAUAUACCGAUAUUGGCAACAAAUAAUAUGAUGGAGGUUAAAGUUGAACCAAAAGAAGAAGAAGUGGACGAAAAAGUUGAUUUUGAUGAUAUAUUCGAAACUGCUUUAAGAUGUUCGCCUGUUUACGAGGACAAAGAGGGGGUUAAGAAAUCUAUAUCAAAAUGGAAAGACUACCCGUGGAUUUGUGCCUUUUGUAACAUUGAAUUCUUGGAUGUUGAAACUCUACGGCUUCAUAGCCGUCUAACCCAUGGAAGAUGUAACGCCUUUUCCUGUGUAUUCUGUAAGAAUUUUGAAUGUGUUUACUUCAUUGAUUUUGUUAAUCAUGUCAGAAAGCAUAAGAGGAAAUUAAGAAAACGCUGCGAAUACUGUGAUGCUAUGGUUAAGAGUGAUGAGUUAAAAAAACAUGCAACCGAGCAUUUAAAAGAUGAAAUACCAUGUCACUACUGUGGCGAAGUGUUCUCAAAAGUCAAACUACAAGAACACCUCGAGGAGUUUGAACCUAUCAAACCAAAACGAAAAAGGCACAAAAAGCGAGGUGUUCCAAUCACAAUUGAUGAUCUAACAUGUAAACUCUGCAAUAAAAUAUACAAGUCCUUAAAUAGUUUAAGAGAUCAUCAGAAGUUACAUUCUAAAGACAGAAAAAAGGAAUAUACAUGUGAAAGAUGCGGCAAGAUGUUUUAUAAUAAGGGAACACUGACAUCUCACAUUAUGGCCCAUGAUAAAGUAAGACCACAUGUAUGUAGGAUAUGUAAUAAAUCAUUUUCAUACCCUAAUAUGUUGAGGCGUCAUGUUGAUAUGCAUUCAGGAACAAAACCGUUUUCAUGUGACCAAUGUGGACGCUGUUUCAGACUACAAUAUCAAUUGAAUGCUCAUAAAAUAAUUCAUACAGAUGCAAUGCCCCAUGUUUGCAAGUACUGCAGCAAGGCUUUUAGGUUUAAACAGAUUUUGAAGAAUCAUGAACGACAGCAUACUGGAGAUAAACCGUACGAAUGUGAACACUGCCUUAUGAAGUUUACAAAUUGGUCCAACUUCAACAAACAUAUGAAAAGGAGACAUAAUAUGGAUACAUCUAAGAAGAAGAUAACUCCAGAAGGUGUAUUUCCCAUCAACCCGCAGACUGGUGAAUUAGUUCAAGUGAUUGAUGCGGGGACGGAAGAGUGGAAAAGUAAAAUCAUGGUGCCAGGUAAAAGAGGCAGGAAGUCUAUGAAAAAGAAUGUAUAGUGCCUUUUAUAAUCUUAAAUACUUAGUUUGAUAGCACAAUUUCAUAAAUCAUGAAUACUAUUGUCAACAACAGCUUAUUUAUUAUAGAGUUCACAGAGUAGAAAAAUCUCUCUAUAUCAUACAAAUCAGCCAUGGUAUAAGAAUGAUAUUAUUCUUAUUAUAAAAUAUCAUACAUAAGUACAAUUCAACCAUGAUGUUAAACUAUAAUAAGGCCAAAACCCCCUUCAACUUGCCAGAUUGGUUUUUCGGUCCCUAUUUUAGUCAAAUAAACCAGUAUUUUAAAAUUUAUUAAUUGUCCGGUUACACCCGUUGUACUUAAUUAAAACAACCCAAGUAGUGCCAGAGGCCCAGUGCUUAUUUCAUAUUUGUAAAUACUAAAUAUUUUAUCACAAUCAUAAAACCUGUCAAUGUACAGUUAGUAAGUUUGAUGUAUUAUAUAAUUAUGUUCAUAUUUGGACAAAAAAAUCUUAAAUUAAUAAACUGUAAAUAUAUUAA